CAGAAUUUUUCUCAGGACGCUGACCGGACCGCUAGAAGCCUCGGGCGGGCGGCUUGUUGUUGUUCGUUCUCAUUUUGUUUUCUUCAAAAGUAUGUAGCAUACUUGAGGAACAUAGCGCUAUGCUGCUAAGUACGUAACACAUCGCGUUUUUUUUCCUGCUUAACUGCAAGAAUACAUUAUUCGUCGUUGCUAAAUACUUUAGACGGCCGUAACUAAAGCCAAGCAUGAUCACAAGAGAAGCGACUGUGAUGCAAGCAGAGGCCGUCAUGGCCCUGGAGCGGGUGCAGGCUCUCCUGACCUCCCCUGAAGCACGAGAAGAGGCCAGCAUUCUCCUCAGCGUCCUCGGCGGAGACCCCGUGCUGGCGAGGGUGCUGGCGCUGCGCGACUCCCUCACCCAGCUGAGCCGGCACGUGCAACAUCAUCCGUCGCUGUUGCCCGGGGAUUUUGAUAUUUGCCCAGAAACGGGAGCCCUUCAUUUAGGGAGUGGCGCCCUUCCUCCCAAGGAGGAUGACUGGGGAGCAAAAGACGAAGAAGAAGAGGAAAAGACAGAUUCCUGCGAGCCUAGCUCGGACGCUGACGGCGUGGUGCACUACUCACCGGAGCUGAGUGGCUCUUCGCUGCUGCACUGUGGAGGCUCGGUACAAACAGCCAGCUACCAGGAGGAGUUCGAGCGAGCAGUGGAAAGGAGUGCCGCGGGGAGACAAGUUUUGAGAGUCGAUCUGGCACGGCCACCGGGAACGAGCCUGGGGUUUAGCGUGGUUGGACUGCGGUCACCUACACGAGGAGAGCUUGGCAUUUUUGUUCAGGAGAUACAACCCACGGGCAUUGCACACAGGGAUGGGCGCCUGGAGGAAGGGGACCAGAUCCUGGCCAUCGAUGGCCAGCCGCUGGACAGCAACAUCUCUCACCAGCAGGCUAUAAGCAUCCUCCAACAGGCCAGAGGCACCGUAGAGCUGGUUGUGGCCCGCGGAGCAGCACCCCCUUCCUCCACUGCCCACCCUACUUCGUCUUCUUCAGUCACUGCAGUGGAAGACGCAACAGCAGCAACAGCAGCAGCAGCAACAGAGUCCACAGGCAUGGUGCUCAACACAGAGUGGGCCGAAGUAGAAUCUGUCGAAUUGGUCAACGACGGGUCCGGACUGGGAUUCGGGAUCAUCGGGGGACGCAGCACGGGUGUUGUCGUCAAGACCAUCUUACCAGGUGGCGUUGCCGACCGCGACGGGCGCUUGCAAAGUGGCGACCAUAUCCUGCAGAUUGGGGAUGUCAACCUGCGAGGAUUGGGCUCGGAACAAGUUGCCUCCGUGCUUCGCCAAGCGGGGGCACGGGUGCGACUUCUGGUUGCACGCCCCGUGGACAGCCCCUCGAUCCCCGGUGUCUUGGGGGCCCCCCUGCGCCUGCCCACACGCAUUCUGGCAGACCCCCAGGAGUUGGACAGGCAGAUGGCGUUACAUGAAGCCUCAGGGUCUGUCGUGGGAGCCCCAGCUUCGCCCCUGCUGUCCGACGCACUGUCUCCACUGGAAACCUGCGUGCUGGAAGAACUGCCUGAAACGGAAACCUUCGAAGUGGAGCUAGUGAAAGACCAGCAGGGGCUGGGUAUAACCAUCGCGGGCUACGUCUGUGAGAAGGGGACUGAUGACGAGAUAUCUGGAAUAUUUGUGAAAAGCGUGGCGAAGGGAAGUGCUGCUGAUAUGAGUGGCCGUAUCCGUGUGAACGAUCAGAUCAUUGAGGUGGACGGCCGCCCACUGCAGGGCUACACAAACCACCAGGCAGUGGAAGUGCUACGAGGAACCGGAAAAUGUGUGAAGCUGCGGCUUGCCCGCUACCUCCGCGGUGUCAAAUACGACCAGCUACAAGCAGCCGUGGCCCUCUCCGCUGCCUCCUCCACCUCUGUGGCUGAGGGGGUCGCUGUUCCUCCCACUGUGCCUCCUCCACCCGUCACGCCUCCUCCCCCACCGCUGGAAAUGAUGAUGACGUUGUCACCGUUGACUACCAUGAGUGCGAAGCCGCACAACGAUGUGGACGAGACUGUGGACAGCAGUGUGUUGGCUCUGGAUGAGAAAGCAGCGAAGAACGCAACGCUGAACGCAGUGACUCCUGAGAUUGGUCCGUCCUCCUCUGUGCCUGAGGGAGAUGGUGGGGAAGAAUACGCUGGAGAGCUUCAUCCAAAAGAGGAAGCUGCCAUAAUGGCUCUGUGGAGCAACAUCGUGGGGCCUGAAUUUGAGAUUGUGGUGGCGCAGCUGCGGAAGUUUGAGCCCCGGGGCGGUCUGGGAAUAUCUCUGGAGGGAACCGUGGACGUGGAAGACGGCCGGGAGGUUCGCCCUCACCACUACAUCCGUUCGGUGCUACCAGACGGGCCUGUCGGGCUCAAUGGACGGCUACGGCCAGGAGACGAACUGCUGCAAGUGAACGGGCGUCAGUUACUGGGGCUGCAUCAUCGUGAGGUGGUGGGGGCCUUGAAGGAGCUGCCCCUGCACGUGCGGCUGGUGUGUGCCCGAGCCCCCCUAUCCGAGCCCCCCAGUGUGCCCCCACUGCCUUCCACCUUGCCCCCACCGCUGCCCCCACCCUCCAGGGACGAGGAUGACUACGAGGAGGACUACGAUGAGUCUCCAGAAGCCGAAUCACCCAGUCCGCCGCCGCCGCCAGAGCGCCUUGUCAAGGCAAAGUCUGAUGGAUCUCUGGCGCAGCCUGACUGGGAAGAAGGCACACUGGUAAAGCUGCGGUCUCGCUCACUGGAACCUCUUACGGGUCUGGCCAUGUGGAGCAGUGAGCCACAGGUCAUAGAGCUCGUCAAGGGAGACCGGGGACUCGGUUUCAGCAUCCUAGACUACCAGGAUCCAAUGAACCCGAGCGAGACGGUGAUUGUAAUUCGGAGCUUGGUUCCGGGAGGAGUGGCCCAGCAGGACGGAAGGCUCAUCCCAGGCGAUCGCCUUCUCUUUGUUAACGAUGUCCCCCUCCACAAUGCGGGGCUGGAUGCGGCAGUGCAGGCCCUCAAGGGGGCCCCCAGGGGCCUCGUGCGAAUCGGGGUUGCCAAGCCCCUACCCCUGCCCCCUGACACCUCACAGUUUGAACCGAAAGAAAACAGCACAGCAGUUCUGGAUCACACUCUGCAGUCUAGCGAAGAGCUCUGGAAUGCCUCAUCUGGGACCAUUAUUCUUCAGAACUCUGGAAAACCACUAGGGUUAUCGCUUAGCUGCGAGCACGGCGUCUGGACCGUGUCGAAAGUAGAACCAGACUCUAUCGCCAUGGAACAUGGAGAGCUUAAACCUGGGGACGUUGUACUUUCUGUAAACGACCAACUUCUUUUGGAGAAGAAAAACGAAGAAGUUGAAGAAAUACUUGCUCAAGCGCAAAGUCGCAACACCAUUUUUAUCAGCUACCUGAGAGAAGUGAACAGCAAAACCCCCGACCAAGAUAUACGUGAUGUACCCAAUAUCCCGGAAGUAACGACUGUUCCCGAUGUAAAUGCAGCCGAAGAAGAACCUGUCAGCAUCAUACCUUGCCUUGCCCAACCGUGCAGCACGGAAAUGGCUGCUGUCGAAACUGUUCCCAAAAGACGGCAGUCAACGCUAGAGCUUCCACUGCAACGUCGACCAUCAGCUGCGGACCAUGCCACCACAAAGCUAUUGGACCAGAAUAUACAACCACAGGUGCCUUCACGCUCAGAUUCUAAAGAUCUGUGCCUACCGAACAGCAGUCCUGCUAGAAGUCGCAGCUCUAGCCUAACUCCUUCGCCCCAGCCUCCACUAUCUCCAGGGGGUCGUACCCCAUCCCCAUUGCUGUCCCCGUCAAAGGGAUAUGUGCCACUGCAGUUUGGGUCCCCACUUCAGCAAUGGGGACCCGAAAGGAAAGCUGUGGUGCAUAGGGAGCCCCACGAACGUAGCCUGGGCAUCAGCAUCGUUGGGGGGCACGUAGACUUGUUCAAGCACAGCGACCAGGGACUCCGUGGAGUGUCCGGUAUCUUUGUUAAAAAUGUGCUUCCUGACAGUCCGGCUGGAAGGCAGGGGACCAUUAAUCGAGGCGACCGUAUUUUGAAGGUUGACGGUGUUGACCUGAGGGAUGCCACGCAUGACAGAGCCGUGGAAGUGAUACGAAACUCUGGGAAUGUAGUUGAGUUUCACCUUCAAAGUCUUUUACCAAUGCCGAAGGACAGUAUCGACGAACCAAGCCCAGAACCGGUUAGGAUGCUUACACCGCAGCCCUCAUUGGAGGCUCGUAGUCCAAGCCCAAGUUUGCAAAGAAGUCCGCUACAGAAAGCUGCAUCUCGAGAGUCUCGACUGAGCGUAUGUUCUAUUUUGAGUCGAACCACCAGUCAAGGAAGCCGAGAGGAAGAUGACAUCGAGCCCAAGAAGAUCCUCACUUCACAAGGUGUAGAGAUUGAUCAAGAUAGUGCUGGAACAUUACAAAGAGAUGGCGACUCGGACGCAGAGGAGGAGGAUUCUUUCGGCUACACAACAAAAAAGAUCCAGCGCAAGUACCAAGAUGUGAAAGGGGGUGGGGAGCUGCUGGUGGUGGAGUUGAAGAAAGGGGGCUCAGGGGGCCUGGGCCUCUCUCUGGCCGGCAACAAGAACCGCACCCGCAUGAGCGUCUUCGUUUGUGGCAUCCACCCCCAGGGGCAGGCGGCCAAGGACGCCCGCAUCCACAUCGCGGACGAGGUCCUCGAAGUGAACGGGGUCGUCAUGUAUGGCCGCUGUCACUUAAACGCAUCUGCCAUCAUCAAGAGCCUUCCUGGCCCAGCGUACAAGUUCAUCCUACUCCGGAGGGAAGAUGCACUCGAAGAGAUGGCAGUUAAGCCCCUAACGCAGUAUCCGGUGCAGGUUGAAGAGGUAACACCAGAUGAGAGGUAUUCCAACUUCCGGGGGGUAAAGACAGUGACUGUAAAAAAGGGACCUCAUGGGCUGGGCAUUAUGAUCAUCGAAGGCCGUCAUGCUGAGGCGGGCCAGGGUAUUUUCAUCUCUGACAUCCAGGAAUCUAGUGCUGCUUAUCAGGCUGGUCUUGAAGUUGGCGACAUGAUCCUCUCCGUGAACCAGACAGACUUGGUUGGGGCUGACUAUGAUUCGGCUGCUCAGCUACUUAAACAGACAGAAGGCACCAUCACCAUGGUGGUGGCAAAGCCCGUAGGAGGUCUGGUGCCGCUCCUAAAAAAGAAAUCUGCCUCCAUAGAAACGCAAGAGCCGUCACGUACACUGGCGUCCAAUCGUAAGAGCACUGGCACAACAUUGUCGCACUGCUCCACAAAAUCUGUCCCACUCCCUCGGCGCUCCUCCCCCAACGGCCGACCCCUGCCAUCCCCUCCAGCACCUCGGGGUGACAUGACACAUCACCAUCUAGACCAGCAGCAACAUGGGGUGCAUGACUCCACUGCGGGCUCUCCCGUGUCUGAGGUGAUAAAGCCAGGCAAGGAGACUACCAUAGAGAUCACCAAAGAAAAGCUGGGACUGGGCCUCAGCAUCGUCGGCGGUUCAGACACUCCACUGGGUGCUGUAAUCAUCCACGAGGUCUAUCCAGAUGGAGCAGCUGCAAUGGAUGGACGCCUUCGACCUGGAGACCAGAUCCUCGAGGUAAACACAGAGGACCUGCGAGAAGCCUGUCACGAGGCAGCCAUCGGGGCACUCAGACAAACAUCUUCGGUUGUGCGCAUGGUCGUAUUCAGAGAAGAAGAGCCACAUCAGGAUGUCUUCACCGUGGACCUCCACAAAAAGGCCGGACGGGGCCUCGGACUGAGUAUAGUAGGGCGACACAACGCUCCAGGGGUUUUCAUCUCUGAGGUAGUUCGUGGCGGGGUAGCACAACUAGACGGCCGCCUGUGUCAGGGGGACCAGAUCCUGGAAGUAAACGGCCACGACUUAACGUCUGCCAGUCAGGAACAUGCUGCAGCUCUCCUCAAAACAACGCUGGGAAGGAUCAACCUCAAGGUGUCGAGGUUACGGAGAGCUGCCUCUCAACGAUCCACUAUUGCAGUGUCCAAGUCUGACUCCGCUGCUAACGGGACUAUGCUGGUCACCCUGGAGCGUGGCGUAGAAGGCUUGGGCUUCAGCAUCGUGGGUGGAGCAGGCUCUCCUCACGGUGACCUGCCUAUUUACGUGAAGACAGUCUUCGACUCGGGUGCUGCGGCACGUGACGGUCGUCUCCGCCGUGGAGACACCCUCCUUGCUGUCAAUGGACAUUCUCUUGAGGGCCUUACCCACCAGGAAGCCGUCGAACUGCUCCGCGAUGCUCGCGGCAUGGUGGUGCUUACCGUGCUGCCCGCUUCCGACUCGGCAUCCUGAUACGUGGAUCAUGACAGUGUGGCAAGACAGUUUUUCCCAUCGCCUGUCACGAGGUGUAGAGAUUAAGGUACAAGGCAUAAUUAUCCUAGUGCAAGUUGUAAUCGUCGCUGUGGUCAGAAUAAUUUGAGGCGUUUGUGUGUGGGAGCUACCUUACUGUGGCUGAACUUUUAAGUCCCCAUAUUGUGAUCAUGCUUUAUACAUAGCUGUAGGAAAAAAAAUUUCACAAGCCCACAAUAAUUGUCGAUUACGGUCGAACCUUGAAAUGACAAAAUUUGGAGGGAUCGUGAUUUCCCUCAUUUCGUCGAAAUUUGAAAGGAUUUUUAUGCCACAAAGAGGCUAGCAUCAUAAAUGUGCCCAUACUUCUAGAAUCUCAACGGUACGGUCAUGGAAGUAUUCUAAGUCCUGGUAGGAGCACCUUAUGUGUAACAUGUUAUGUUCCGGGAUAGCACAAUCACUUUUCCUGGUCCCUGUGGAUGAUGCGAACAGGCGAGCCACCGUGUGUAUCACUCGUACUUCCACCAGAAACGGUAUUUUACGUCUCUCUGGGGGUAGCGUACACUGUCGCCAGCACGCGCUUGUGCCUUUUGCUGGUUUCCCUGACCUUGGGGGGCAGGUGCUAAGGACGGAUUAAAUGCUCUUCAGAAUUUUUCUUUCACUGUAUUGAGGUGCCUGCUUAACAUUUUUUUUUUUUUGUUCUAGCAGGGGUUAAAAUGUAUUGUUUCUCAUUGUCACCUUAUGGGGAAUAUCAAGUAUUUUGUUGUAUCUCAUUUCACUGUAAUGAGGUUAGACCGCAUUUGUAGUCUUGCUCUGUUGUGAGACUUGCAACUGGGAACGGUUGAGUUGGACAAUAGAGUCAGGUAGUCUUUUUAAAAGAAGGUAGAGAUAGUCAUAAUCUUAUGACUCACGGUGAGGUAGUCUUGAGAGACCGUGACAUUGCUACGUUGAUUAACAACGUAAUUACUUUCUUAGUCAGGAGGUACUACUUCAAUCUGAUGGUGCACACCUUGUAAUAUUUAAAAAAAUACUUUUCCCCUACAUUUCUACUUACAAUAUGAAGUGGAGUGCUUGAGAGACGUAUAUUUUAUGACGGAGAACGAAUUAUACUUGUACAAUAUGCCUUUGUUUUACUGGGCACUUGAAACUUUCAGUUGCAGUGCGGUAGCCUCCCAACACAAUUCCUAGGUGCAUUCCAAAAACAGAAAAGGUGGCUGACGAAGUGGUGGCGAUAAAACGGUGCUUUCAUUCUGCACGUCCACGCAAAAGGGAACUUAAUCAAAGGACUGGCUCAGCCUCAGAACUUUUUACAUAGAGUGCCGGACGUUAGUUUUCAACUGGAGCUGCCAUUUGAGCAGCCAUUGUAUAUGCAUACAAGACUUUUAACGCUCACAAUGCCAUAUCCGAGGGUUUUAAAGGUAUCUGUGUGCACUUGUGGAGCGCUUGCUCGAAAGGCGUGUUUGAAGACAAAACAGCCGGCACUGCGUCGUCCCCGCGGCAUGGACGACCACGGACAUCGAUACUGUGUCCCUGUCUCGAGGUGGUCGUCUGCAUUUGAGUCUCAAGGAAGUUGAACAGCACUACCAAUGGCUUCAAAGAAGUUGACUGCCUGCCUGCCUUCCCACGGGUUGACCGACUGCAUCGGUUGCAACAGCUAGAACAACAACAAGAAAAUUUUAUUCUGUCACAAAUGUGGUGGUGGGAAUGUUACUUGAGGUACUUCUAGAGGUUACACGAGAGUACUAUAUUAUACUAACUUUGAGCUUUUUCUUGACGUAAUUUUUUUAAAAGAGCGAUUUGCUGUCAGCGUUGUUGAGCUGUUUUUUAGACCAUUCGUUUUUCUUUCCUCAUCUAUACCCAAGAAACGUGUUGAAAAGACUGCGAUCUGUGAAGUUGAACUUUUGUGCUUGAGCCUCGUUGUAGUAAGGCAUUUGAAGUAUCGAGGUAGUAUUAUAUAUAGUGGUUAGUGGAAAAUGUCUCGCAUCCAGGUAAUAAUUGCACGUGGAACGUCACCGGUCUGCAGCCUGCAGCUUUGAAGGGACAGAGAUGCCUCUAUUUCCUUGCAUUUCAGUAAAUUGAUAGCCGCGGUUCUGACGUUUGACGUGACGGUUUCACGUUCUCCGUCAAGUGCGUGCGUUUCUGCAUAAUAUCCGAGCUCUGUGCAUAGAUAUAAUGUCUGCUGCAACGAAGUUCAACCACAACAUGAGAACGAGAUGCCCCCCCACCCUGCCGCAUACGGGACGGAUGGCCCCGUGCCACCCUACCUCACGGGACCAAAAAUGUGACGGUAUCAUCUCUCCCGAAUUACCGAGCUGCUAACUGGCGACGACGCCACAGAAAUAUUUCUAAUUUCACCGGGGUGGUGCGAGGCGUCCGGGCGGCUGAGACGAGGAGUGUGUGCAUGUGUGUGCAGAUGCAAAUUGAGCAAUAUAGGUUACAUUCAGCUGCCAGGAACGUAAAACGUGUCUCGUUAUGCCAGAGGUCCGUAAACGCCUCUAUUUUUUAAAGGAUGUAGCGUCAGCUUUUUCCCCCCGAUUUCUGAAAAAAAGAAAAGACGCAGAAAAAAAACCCAGACCACAAAGAAAGCUUUUUCAUCAGUCAAUUUUUUGGAAGCACAAGAGACGUGAGGAGGAAGCGGAUUCGAAUAUAAAGAUGGUCCACCAUCAGAUUUUUGACGUGCCAUUGUUAAAAUAGAACACCUGGUUAGUCGAGAGUCUUGUAGCUGGUAUUCGCAUUAAAGUCAGACUAUUUUUAUCUGCUGUAGUAUAAACCCUGUAACGAUGUGUCACUUUUGCCAACCUAGUUCUGAAAUAAGAAGAGCAAAUGAUAAUGGAUGGGCUUGUUAGCAGUUUAGAUAUGACAUCCUUUUGAGCUGAGCAAUCCAAAUUGUGUUAAAAAAAACUUGCUCUGGCAUCUCAAAAAUUUGAGUGUGGCCCAUUUUGACACUAUACUUAAUAACUUCUAGCCCACGCACGGAAUCUAUGCCCUCUCUCCGCACCGAAACAUUACUACUCUUGCAACGCGAUCCCCCAACGCCGGACCAAGUCUACUGCGCAUAUCGUCGACUCCUUCGAAGGCGUAUUCAAGGAAGUAGGUAGCAUUAGAAGAGACAAACCGUAUAUCGCUCGUUUUUACUCUUUGAUCGUUUCUUGCGCUGCAUGUUAAAAAAAAAAUGCUACAACCACAUUGUAAACUAUAACUACGCAUUUCUCAACACUCAGUCUGGGUCUGGUGCCAGGGAUUUACUAGAUUUCAGCAACGGUUGCUCGUGGUCUCUUUUUUUUUUUCUGUGAUACCCGUUUUCGCAUUUUUCUCUUUCAUACACAUCAGGGCGCACUUGCGUUGAGGACAUUCCUCAGUGCCGUCCCUGGUAGUUUUGCCAGUGCUCUACGCACGUGCAGCGUCGAGGACAGUAGUGCAUGCCCGAAUCUCUUCAACAUUCAUGCAAGUGGGCCCAGGUUCAUCAAGAUACUGCAGGACAACACAGAAAUUGCACAACUGUUUCCUCCACUUUCAAUUGAAGUUUUUUUAAGCAACAUGCAUGGGAGACACAAUGUGUGACACAAAAGUGUGGCACAUUCCAUUCCAGGAAAGAAUUAAUGAUUCAUCAAAUAGGAGCAAGAUUCUGGAAUGCACUUAUGAACUGUUAUAUUGUAUCUCUGGAGUUUUCAGGUUGCUUUUCCUUAGGACGUGGUGCUAGAAGGACCUAAUUUACAUGAGAAGCAGCAUUGUUGAACAACUUCUACUCUUUGAUUCAUUAGUAGUUCUAUUAACAUUUUUUCCUUCAAAAAGUCAACCCCGAAGCUACAAAUGAGUAUCGUGAGCGAAGAGCCUGUUUGUACUUAGUCAUGCUAGGUACCAUUUUGAGAACUUGCAAGCAUUGUACCAUGUUCACUGUCAUGUUCCUUGCGGGGAAUUUUGUGUUCACCAUGCAAUCAACUACUUCCAGGCUAUCAUGUAAAUUAUGGCGGCUCGAAAGGGCUUGUUGAUGACAAUUCAUGUCAGGCGACAGACUGAGCGUCGGGAACGUGUUGUGGCUGUGCAGUAGCAAAGACGAUAAUGCAGUUAGUGGUUGCACUGGCAACCUCUUCUCUUAGCAGGUGCAUUACGCAAGCCAUGUACAUAUGCAGUUCUAUUUACAUACAAGACCUUUCCCCUUUUUCACAAGUGAAGUUACGGAGUGGUUCUACUUAAAAUCACCUCCUUCCCUGCGGUGUGUUGUUGAGGCGGAAGAUACCCUGCUUUAGGAGGUUUUUGAGCAAGUCACAUUGUUUAUAAAAAUUGUUGAAGAAAAAUAAAGAAGGAAAUAUAUGACACAAGGAG